AUGAUUGGUUGUUCUCUAAGCUUUUGGGUGUUUGUGUUUGUCACACUCAACAGCAGUAAUAAUAUGCUGAUUGAGAGCACUAGUUUACUCAGGAGUAAGCGGUGGCUGAUAUAUCCGCGACAAGCGCCUACGCGUUUGCUUUUUAUUGCCGGCAUUGGCGUACCAGCGGAUCUGGAGUAUGAAUCUCUUACCGUCGGUUAUACCCUGAAGGGACAAUUUUUUCUGCCCUAUAACGUUACUACUUAUCGUGAAAAUCCAUUUUAUCCCGAGUAUAAAAGUGAAUACAAUGCUACAUAUCAUGGUAAUCAUGGUCAUUAUGGCUGGGAAUCGCGAUCAUCGAAGCUGCGUUGGAAUUUAUAUUCGUGUAUUGCUCAACGACUUGAUAGCUACGGCUAUAGCGGCACUGAAUGCAUACUUAAAGCGAUAUGUGAAGCGAGCUCGCUGAGUUUUCAACGACUUCAUGGUGUCUUCGAACAGAUUGUGCAUAUUUUGCUUAGCCCUAGUAGCUCCGUAGACCAAGCGACGCCACAAAGUGUACAAUAUAUAGAAGCAGAGAAAAUCGGCAGCAGUUCCGGUGAUUGCGGGUUUUACAACUGUAAAAUUAGUGUAUUGGAUUGGAUAUCAAGUGUGCUCAAAGUAGAAUCGUGAAAAUGUUUACAUUUAAU